AUGUCCAUCAGUCCAGAGGACGCGGAGUUCACUAAAGAAAUUCUCCCAGGCCUUCUAGAUGAAAUAUUUCCUUCAAAAAUCAACAAUAAUACACAGUUAUAUCGUCACAUUAUCAACAAUGAACAGUUAAACUCUCUUCCAUUGGCCGUCAACAAGAAUAUUCAUUUUAGAAUGUUGCUGUUAGUUGAUGAUGGGAUAGGCAAUCUUUAUAGGGGUAUCAAAGGUAGAGGAUGGAAAUUGGAGAAACUAGAUGAGUUCAAAGAGGAACCAUUGGUAUACAUCCUUUAUUCAACUAGCGAUUCCCUUGAUGAAGACACUGAAAUAAAUGCUUUUAUAUCUCUCCAAUUCAGUGAUUUGAUUCUUGGAGAUCCCAGCUUAGGGAAGGUUGUUUAUCUCUUUGAGAUACAUCUUUCAUCAGAGUUGCAAAAUCAAUCAUUAGGCACUCGCUUUCUACUCGGCAUUGAUAAAUUAUCGGUGCUGCCUACUUUGAAAGCACACAAUUGUAAGGGUGUUGAGUUAACGGUUUUCAUACAGAACCAAAGGGCCUUCAAUUGGUAUAGAAAGAAUGGUUAUGCCUUGGCCAGUGAUUCGCCGCCUAACGAAGAGUACGUGAUUCUAUUCAAGCAGACUCAUUCGGUGACAUAA